AAUCGGGUGACAGAAAGACCACACCCUCACCGGAUUCCAGUUAAUUAGCUCACCUUGCCUUAUUAAGUCGACUAAGACAAGAAUUCUUGGUAACCAGAGUGCAGCUUUCAAAGAUGCAGCAGCAAAUUGUAAGGAGGACAGGUGAUCGUCGGAUGUUCUCAUCGUCAGAUGACAGUGCAAUGAUGAAGCAAAUCCAGGCAACACAUGCCCCUGAUGGUCGCGUGGUUGAUGUGAAACCUACUAUGCUUGUCAUUGAAGAAAUCCUGCACCGGGCUUCUCCUGGCAUUGAGGGAGUCAUUAAUGGCACUCGUGGACACGCUGAGACCUUAGAGGACAAGGCUGCUCUGCUCGGUUUUGAUGGAAUGCUGGAAUUGCAGGCUUAUACCAUCCAUAAAGUUUCCUGCGAGUUGGAAUGCAAGUGCUCCGGGGGAGCAGAUGCACAUGGCUCAACAAUGGCCGUACUAAACAUGCUUUCAAGCUAUACUUGGGAGGCAAAAAUAGUGUUAUCACUAGCAGCAUUUUCAGUUAAUUACGGACAAUUUUGGCUUGUGGCCCAGCUUUACGCCACAAAUCCAUUGGCCAAGUCUGUAGCUAUCCUCAAGCAAUUGCCAGACAUCAUAGAGCACUCGAACACACUGAAGUCUCAGUUUGAUGCUGCCAAUAACCUUAUAAAGGCAGUCCUGGAUGUGACAAAGUGCAUCAUUAAGUUUCAACAGCUCCCGAGUAACUAUAUAUCACCCGAAACACCACCAAUGUCAGUAGCCAUGGCUCUUGUCCCCACCGCUGCUUACUGGCUUAUCCGAAGUUUGGUAACCUGCUCUUCACAACUGACAAGCCUGUUAGGAAUGAGUUAUCAGCACAUCACAGCUACCACAGAAGGUUGGGAAAUAUCAAGCCUGGCACACAAAGUUCAGAAUAUACAUGAUCAUCUUACCACACAACUUGGUCAUUGCCAUCAACAUAUUGAUGAGAAAAGACAUGAUGAAUACUUUCACAUGCUCAUCCGACUCUUUGAGACGCCACAUAUUGAUAACAUGAAAAUUCUCAAGGCCUUGUUAUACUCCAAUGAUGAUAUGCUUCCGCUAGUAGAUGGCACUACUAAAACAAGGGUCAGCAUUGAAGUACUUCGGAGAAAGACUGUUCUACUACUCAUAUCAGAUCUUGACCUCUCAACUGAACAACUGCUUGUUCUUACUCACAUAUACAGUGAGUCGCGUGCAAAGCCAGAACUCCAAUACGAUUUGGUGUGGAUCCCAAUUCAAGACAGGUCAAUUCCAUGGAAUGAUAAGCAUCAACAGCAAUUUGAACACCUGCAGUCAUUGAUGCCAUGGUACACCAUCCAUCAUCCCACAAUGCUGGAGCCAGCAGUUGUUAAGUUCAUCAAGGAGGUAUGGCAUUUUGCCAAAAAGCAGAUCAUGGUGGUGCUGGAUCCACAGGGAAAAGUGGCCUGCCCAAACGCGGUUCACAUGGUCUGGAUAUGGGGAAAUAUUGCCUACCCUUUUACUAGCACCAAAGAGGAAGCACUGUGGAAAUCAGAGACUUGGAGACUCGAGCUCUUAGUUGAUGGAAUUGAUCCUGACAUGCUGGAAUUGGCUGCUCAAGGAAAAUACGUCUGCUUGUAUGGAGGAGAGGACAUUGACUGGAUCCGCAGGUUCACAUCAACAGCAAAAGCUGUAGCACAAGCUGCACAAAUUGACCUAAAGAUGGUAUACGUGGGUAAGCAUAACAGCAAGGACAGAACAAGCAGGAACAUCACAACAAUCACCACAGAGCAGCUAAGUCAAGCAUGGACCGACCUCACAUUCAUAUGGUACUUCUGGACGCGACUAGAGAGCAUGUUCUACUCCAAAAUGCAGCAUGGCAAGACCAUUGAGAAUGACCGAAUAGCACAGGAGGUCCUCACAAUGCUCACAUUCGACAGCAGUGACCCCGGAUGGGCCUUGUUCUGCAUCGGAUCAGAUGACAUAGCCAAGGCCAAGGGUGACACACUUUUGACUAGCUUAAAUGAAUUCCCCCAGUGGGAGGAGGAAGCAAAGGCCAAAGGCUUUGUCCCUGCGCUCCAGGAUCACCUGGAACAUCUCCACACUCCGCUCCACUGCAACCGCCUGAUUCUUCCUGGUACCGAUGGUGGCGUGCCAGAGAUGGUCAUCUGUGCAGAGUGUGGACAGCCUAUGGAGAAGUACUUCAUGUACCGCUGCUGUGUCGAUUAGGAAACCUUAUAUAUCCGUAACCCGAAAUUGCCACCCCUAUAUCAUAGAUCACAUAUUUAUGGCACAUAGGUGAAACCUUACUAAGGCACCUAUAUCCGGUCCUGUAACCCGAAAUUGCCACCCCUGUGGAGCGGAUGCAAGUACUAAGAACCUGUUAAAUAAUUGUGCUGAUUGAAAGCAUUAGUGUGAACUGUAAAAUAGCUUAAAAUUAUGUAUCAUUAGUGUGAAGUAUUUCAUAGAACACGCGAAUCAUUUUUUAACCUUUA